AAAAAGGAGAAACGGGAAAAUUUGAACGAGGAGUAUUAAAUAAAGAUCCUGUAAUGACUAAUACUACUAUCCAAAUUAAUCAUAAAAGUGCCAUCGGUCGGGAUAAUUUAGUCCAUGACGACAACAUAUUAAGGUUGAUGAUAGUAAUGCUUGAAAAUUUGAUGGUUAUUCGUCGUGAAGUGGUUCCUAGUGGAGAAAGAGAUGAAAAAAAUUUCCGAGGAGUGGAUGAUAAUAUUAUCGUAAAAAUUAGCCAAGAUGGAGCCGAUUGGAGAUUAGAUAUUACGGGCAAAGUAGAAAUUACCGAGACUAUUGGCAACCCCGAUGCUAUUGGUGGGGGACAGGAUGAACCUGAAUAUAGCCGACAAAAUGAAAAUAAAGAUGGCUAUAAAGUAGCCACCAAGGAAGGGGGAACCAAAAUCCAACCUAAUUGGACGGAAACUGACACCGAAGAUAAUGCUGGGAUAGCAAGAAUAUUAACGGCUUUUCAAUAUAUCGAAAUAGAUUUAAAUAAAUAUCUGAUUAGAUAUAAAAAGUUCUUUUAUCGUUCUUACGGAUUGGAAGGACAAGUGGAAUAUAAUCCAACUACUAAAAGACAUAUUUUUAAAGAUUGGGAAGAAAUAGAAGAGGAACAAAAACCUGAGGAAGAAAAGAAACCUAAAAUUGCCACCGAAGAACCCGAACUAUCUUUUAGUGAAUGGAAAAAGAAAUUUAAACAGGAACAUCCAGGAGAAAAACCUACUUUUCAAUUAUAUACAAUUGAGAGAUUGGAAAAAAGAAAGGAGCAAUUACUAAAAGAAUUAAAAAAGACUUCGGGAGUAUUUAAGGAUAAAUUGAACUUACGAUUAACUUUUACUGAAUACUUAAUUGAAGGCUACCAAAAAGAGAUAAAAGUUUGUGAAGUGGGUCAACCUGACGAAAAAUUGCCUUUGGAAGCCUCGGAUGAAGAAUUACAAAAAGCCUCUUAUUGA